AAUUUGAGUGCUUGGAUCCGCUACUGAAGAAUCCUGGAAGAUUUGCUACUGAUUCAUUGCUCUCAGGAAGAGGCAAUAUCACGUUGACUGCCUACCUUCUCACUUCCCCUCACUAAGCACACCUGCUAUCGCCAGCUACAUCCCCGUGUUGUUUCUAAAAAAACAAAAAAACAUUAGGUAUCUGACGAAGCAAGCUUGACUCAUAACUGACUCGGGUCUCGCUGUUUUUCAAGGAUAAAUGAAGAUAGAGCAAAGGGGGAUUUAAAUUACCUUUAUUUUUUUUGCUUCACCCUCGCAUUGAAACUAUGGAAUGGAACUAAUCUCCUGGCGUGGUCACGUCUUGCAAAGGUUGCUCUGUGCCCUGAGUUGUGGAGCCCAUGAUUUAAUGAGUGUGGCUGAGCUUGCCCAGCCAUGGAACAGAGGGAUUGCAAACCCUACCAGCCGCUUUCCAAGGCCCGGCACGAGAUGGAGCUAUCCUACACCAGCUCUUCGGAAGACAGCGACGACGGACGGAACCCGCGAAAAUCCUACACCUCCCGAGAGACCCUGCCCGACUACGGCCAAGACCUGCGGCUGAACUACAACAGCCACAGCAAGAAGCGCAAAGUCGGAGACGAGCCCACACAAGAGCUGGAAUUCUGCGAGGCACCCCAGAUGAUGUGCCCCAGCUACCAGGUGGAGCUGCGGUCAGCGCCCCAGCACGGCUACCCGCUGGCCAUGGGCUCCGACGUGGACACGGAGACGGAGGGCGGCCCCUCGCCGGACCACGCCCUGCGCCUCUGGAUGCACGAGAUCAAGUCGGAGCACAGCUCCUGCCUGUCCAGCCGAGCCAACUCCGUGCUGUCUCUCACUGACACGGAGCAGGAGAGGAAGUCCGACGGGGAGAACGAGUUACCCAGCAGUCCACAGGGCCAGUUCACCUUCAGGCCCCUCCCCCCACCGCCGCCCCCUCCGCAUGCCUGCACCUGCGCCAGACCCGCCCCCCACGCCCCAGAGGCCCUGCACAGGAACACCAUGCCGGCCCGCAGCCAGGCCACGGAAACCGGCGGCACCCAGACGGACAGCGGCCAGCUCCACAACAGCUGGGCCCUCAACAGCAACAUCCCUUUAGAGACCAGGCAUUUCCUGUUCAAGCACGGGUCGGGCUCCUCCGCCCUCUUCAGCGCGGCCAGCCAGAACUACCCCCUCACCUCCAACACCGUGUACUCGCCCCCGCCGCGGCCCCUGCCCAGAAGCACCUUCUCCAGGCCGGCAUUCAGCUUCAGCAAGCCCUACAAGUGCUGCAACUGGAAAUGCACCGCCCUCAGCGCCACCGCCAUCACCGUCACCCUCGCCCUCCUGCUCACCUACGUCAUCGCAGUUCACCUGUUCGGCCUGACUUGGCACCUCCAGCCCACGGAAGGGCAGCUGUACGAGAACGGCCUCAGCAAGCUGGACCGAGACGCCGCGGUCGCCACCUUCUCUCCGCUCGGCCCGCCCGGUCCCAACAAGACCAGCAGAGGCGAUAAGGGAGAUAAAACUGUGUUCCAGAGAGGGAGAGUGAUUGACAGGGGAGAGGUAGACAUCGGCAUCCAGGUGACCCAGAUCAUCCCCCCUGGGCUUUUCUGGCGUUUCCACAUCACCGUCCACCACCCGGAGUACGUCAAGUUCAACAUUUCCCUGGCACGAGAUGCCCUGCUGGGCAUCUACGGGAGGAGAAACAUCCCGCCUACUCACACCCAGUUUGAUUUUGUCAAGCUUCUGGAUGGGAAACAGCUGAUUAAGCAGGAGGCGAAGGCUCCGGAAGAUUCCGGUCCCGCCCCCCGGAGUCUCAUCCUCAGCACCCUGCAGGACACCGGAUUCAUUGAGUACAUGGACCCGGGGACGUGGUACCUGGCCUUCUACAACGACGGAAAAAAAAUGGAACAGGUGUUCGUCCUCAGCACCACCAUCGAAACCAUGGACGGAUGCUCGACCGACUGCAACGGGAACGGGGAAUGCGUCUCGGGCCACUGCCACUGCUUCACCGGGUUCCUCGGGCCGGACUGCGCCAAAGACUCCUGCCCUGUGCUGUGCAGUGGAAACGGGGUGUAUGAGAAAGGCCACUGCCUUUGCCACCCGGGCUGGAAGGGACCGGAAUGCGACAUCCAGGAGGACCAGUGCAUCGACCCCACCUGCUCCAACCACGGAACCUGCAUCCAGGGCAUCUGCAUGUGCAUCCCCGCGUAUAAGGGCAACAACUGUGAACAAGUGGAUUGUCUGGACCCUCAGUGUGCGGGCCACGGCGUGUGCGUGAAGGGGGAGUGCCUGUGCUCGCCGGGCUGGGGGGGGCCCAGCUGCGAGAGCCCCCUCCCUGCCUGCCAGGAGCAGUGCUCUGGGCACGGAUUGUACCUUCCCGAAACGGGCACCUGCACCUGCGACACAGGCUGGACUGGCUCCGACUGCUCCUCAGAGGUGUGCCCGGUGCCCUGCGGCAGCCACGGCAGGUGCUCCGAGGGGCAGUGCCAGUGCGAGGACGGCUGGGACGGGCCGGGGUGCGGCCAGCGCGCCUGCCACCCCAGGUGCGAGGAGCACGGCCAGUGCAAGGACGGGACCUGCGAGUGCCAUCCCGGCUGGGAGGGGGAGCACUGCACCACCGCACACUACUUGGAUCUCGUUGUUAAAGACGGCUGCCCGGGCCUGUGCAACGGCAACGGGAGGUGCACCCUGGAGCAGAACGGGUGGCGCUGCGUGUGCCAGGCCGGCUGGAGCGGCAUGGGCUGCAACGUCAUCAUGGAGACGGAGUGCCAGGACAACGCCGACAACGACGGAGACGGGCUGACGGACUGCGUGGACCCGGACUGCUGCCAGCAGGCCAGCUGCGGCGGCGGGCCCCUGUGCCAGGGCUCCCCCGACCCCCUGGACCUCGUCCAGCAGACGCAGGCGCCGUUCGUCUCGCUGCCCCCGCGCCUCUUCUUCGACCGCGUCCGUUUCCUGGCGGGCCGGGCCAGCACCCACGUCUUUCCCGGGGACAUCCCGUUCGACAGCAGCCGAGUUGCUGUGAUCCGGGGCCAGGUGGUGGCGCUGGACAGGACCCCGCUGGUGGGGGUCAACAUCAGCUUCCUGCAUUACCCAGAGUACGGCUUCACCGUUAGCCGCCAGGACGGCAGUUUUGACCUGGUAGCUCCCGGGGGGGUCUCGGUCACCCUGGUGUUUCAGCGCGCCCCCUUCCUCACCCAGAGACGGGCUGUCUGGUUGCCGUGGAACCAGUUCGUUGUGCUGGACAAGGUGACCAUGGACAGGGUGGAGGCUCCCGCCCCCGUCUGUGACAUCAAGAACCUGGCUAUCCCGUACCCCAUCGUCCUGCCCUCCCCCCUGACCAGGUUCGCAGGAACGUGUGAGGAACGAGGCCCUGCCAUCCCGGAGCUGCAGGCCGUUCAGGAGGAGAUCAGCAUCCCCGGAAGCUUCCUGAAGCUCAGCUACCUCAGCACCCGCGCCCCGGGCUACAAGUCCCUCCUGCGUAUCAUCCUGACCCACUCCGUCACCCCCGCCGGCCUGGCCAAGGUGCACGUGUCCGCCACCGUCGAGGGGCGCCUCUUCCAAAAGUGGUUCCCCGCCGCCCCCGGCCUGGUGUACGUCCUGGCCUGGAACAAGACGGACAUCUACGGCCAGAAGGUCUUCGGCUUGACCGAAGCCAUCGUGUCUGUGGGCUACGAGUAUGAGUCUUGCCCCGACUUCAUUUUGUGGGAGAAGAGGUCCACCCUGCUGCAAGGCCUCGAGAUGGUGGCUUCCAACUUGGGCGGCUGGUCCCUCGACAAGCAUCACAUCCUCAACUUACAGAGUGGCAUAUUGCACAAAGGAAACGGGGAGAACAUCUUCAUCUCCCAGCAGCCUCCUGUCAUCACCACGGUGAUGGGGAACGGCUACAUCCGCACCAUUCCCUGUCCGAGCUGCAACGGCCCCGCCCUGGGCAGCAAGCUCUUCGCUCCCGUCGCUCUGGCCUGCGGGUCCGACGGCAGCGUCUACGUCGGGGACUUCAACUUCGUCAGGCGAAUUCUCCCAAACGGCAAAGCCAUCAGCAUUCUGGAACUGAGGAACCGGGAUAUAAGGCACAGCACGAGCCCGGCCCACAAGUACUACCUGGCCAUGGACCCGGUGCGGGAGGCCCUGUAUCUGUCAGACACCAGCAGCAGGAGGGUCUACCGGCUGAGAACUCUCAACGAGACCCGGGACUUGGCCAAAAACGUGGAGGUGGUGGCCGGCACGGGGGACCAGUGCACGCCCUUCGAUCAGAGUCACUGCGGCGACGGGGGGAAGGCCUCCGAAGCGGCGCUCAACAACCCCAGAGGCAUAGCUGUGGACAAGCAAGGGUUCGUCUAUUUCGUCGACGGGACCAUGAUACGAAAGAUCAACGAGAAGGGGGUGAUAACGACGGUCAUCGGCUCCAACGGGCUGACGUCCACCCAGCCGCUGAGCUGCGACGCAGGGAUGGACAUCGCUCAGGUCCGCCUCGAAUGGCCCACCGACUUGGCCGUAAACCCGUUGGACAACUCCCUCUACAUCCUGGACAACAACAUAGUGAUCCAGGUGUCUGAGGGCCAGCAGGUGCGCAUCGUGGCGGGGCGUCCCAUCCACUGCCAGGUCCCGGGGAUCGACCACUACCUGUUGAGCAAGGCCGCGGUCCACUCCACCCUGGAGGCGGCCAAGGCCAUCGCCCUGUCCCACACGGGCGUGCUGUACAUCGCCGAGACGGACGAGAGGAAGAUCAACCGCGUCCAGCAGGUCACCACCAACGGCGAGAUCUCCAUCAUCGCCGGGGCGCCCUCCGAGUGCGACUGCAAGAUCGACCCCAACUGCGACUGCUUCUCAGGGGACAGUGGAUACGGCAGGGACAGCAAGUUGAAGGCGCCCUCCUCAUUGGCCGUCUCCCCCGACGGCACGCUGUACAUCGCCGACCUCGGCAACAUCCGCAUCCGGGCGCUGAGCAGGAACCGGCCGCGCCUCAACGCCAGGAACAUGUACGAGAUCGCGUCGGCGGUGGACCAGGAGCUCUACCUGUUCAGCGCCAACGGCACGCACCUGCACACCCGCAGCCUCAUCACCGGGGACCACGUCUACAACUUCACCUACUCGGCGGAGCGGGACGUGAGCACGGCCGUGGGCGGCAACGGCAACGCCGUCCACAUCCGCCGCGACGCCAACGGCGUGCCGCUGUGGCUGGUGGUGCCGGGCGGCCAGGUCUACUGGCUCACCAUCAGCAACAGCGGCUCCCUGCAGAGGGUCUCCGCGCUGGCCCACAACCUGGCGCAGAUCACCUACCACGGGAACCUGGGUCUCCUAGCAACCAAGAGCAACGAGAACGGCUGGACCACCAUCUACGAGUACAAUGCAGAGGGUCAUCUCACCAACGUAACCUUCCCCACCGGGGAAAUUGCCAGUUACCAAGGUAACAUGGAAAAGACCGUGAGGGUUGAGGCGGGCACAUCAAACAGGGAGAACUUUAUAACUGCCACCAACUUCUCAGCCAGCAAUACAAUCUACACUCUGCGUCAAGACCACGCCCAGAACACGUACCGCGUGAGCGCGGACGGCUCCCUGCGCGUCACCUUCGCCAGCGGCAUGGAGGUGACCCUCAGCACGGAGCCGCACAUCUCGGGGGGCGUGGUCAACCCCACGGUGGGCAGGUGCAACAUCUCGCUGCCGGGGGAGUACAGCCCCAGCCUCAUCGAAUGGAGGCAGAGGAGGGAGCAGGCCAAAGGCAACUUCUCUGCCUACGAGCGCAGGCUGAGGGCCCAUAACAGGAAUCUGCUGUCCAUAGACUUUGACAAGACCACCAGGAUGGGCAAGAUCUAUGACGACCACCGGAAGUUUACCCUCAGGAUCCUGUAUGACCUGAUGGGCCGUCCCAUUGUGUGGUCACCUAGCAGCAAAUACAACGAGGUCAAUGUGACAUACUCGCCAACGGGCCUUGUGACCAGCAUUCAGCGGGGAAAUUGGUCUGAAAGACUUCAGUAUGAAAGCGGAAGAAUUGUUUCCAGGACCUGGGCCAAUGGAAAGAUAUGGAGCUACAGCUUUCAGGAAAAGUCAGUGCUCCUCCUCCUACACAGCCAGCGCAGGUACAUCUUUGAGUACGACCAGACGGACCGGCUCCUGUCCGUCACCAUGCCCAGCAUGGUGCGCCACGGCCUGCAGUCCAUGCUGUCCGUGGGCUACUACCGAAACAUCUACAGCCCGCCCGACGGCACCGCCGCCGUCAUCCAGGACUACGCCCGCGACGGGCGCCUCCUCCAGACCCUCCACAUGGGCACGGGCCGCCGCGCCCUCUACAAGUACACCAAGCAGUCCCGCCUGUCCGAGAUCCUGUACGACACCACCCUGGUCACUUUCACUUACGACGAGGCCUCGGGCGUGGUCAAGACCAUUCACCUCAUGCACGAAGGCUUCAUUUGCACCAUCAGAUACAGGCAAACAGGUCCUCUUGUUGGACGCCAGAUCUUCAGAUUCAGUGAGGAAGGACUUGUAAAUGCACGGUUUGACUACAGCUACAAUAACUUCAGGGUGACCAGCAUGCAAGCGAUGAUCAACGAAACGCCGCUCCCCAUCGAUCUCUAUCGCUACGUGGAUGUUUCUGGUAGGAUCGAGCAGUUUGGAAAAUUCAGCGUCAUCAACUACGACCUCAACCAAGUCAUCACCACGCACAUUAUGAAGCACACCAAGAUCUUCAACGCCAACGGCCAAGUGAUCGAGGUGCAAUAUGAAAUCCUGAAGUCCAUUGCCUACUGGAUGACGGUGCAGUACGACAGCAUGGGGCGCACCACUGUCUGCGACAUCAGGAUCGGCGUGGACAACAACAUCACGCGCUACUCCUACGAGUACGACGCCGACAGCCAACUCCAGAGCGUGUCGGUGAACGACCGGCCCCAGUGGCGAUACAGCUACGAUCUGAACGGAAACAUCAACCUGCUGAGUCAUGGCAACAGCGCUCGGUUAACCCCCCUCCGCUACGACCUGCGGGACCGCAUCACGCGGCUGGGGGAGAUACAGUACAAAAUGGACGAGGACGGUUUCCUACGCCUGCGGGGCGACGUUGUUUUCGAGUACAGCUCCAAUGGGCUUCUGAUGAAGGCUUACAACAAGGUGUCAGGCCAGAGCGUUCGCUACCGCUACGACGGUUUGGGCCGACGGAUGGCCAGCCGGACGAACCUCGGCCAGCACCUCCAGUUCUUUUAUGCUGACCUCAGCAAGCCGACCAGAGUCACGCACAUGUACAACCACUCCAGCUCAGAAAUCACUUCCCUCUACUAUGACUUGCAGGGCCACCUUAUCGCCAUGGAACUGAGCAGUGGCGAGGAAUACUAUGUUGCUUGUGACAAUUCUGGCACCCCGCUCGCAAUUUUCAGCAGCCGCGGUCAAAUUGUAAAAGAAAUGCUGUACACCCCUUAUGGAGACAUAUAUCAGGACUCCAACCCCUCCUUCCAGCUUGUCAUUGGUUUCCACGGUGGCCUCUACGACUCCUUGACCAAGCUUGUUCACCUGGGGAGGAGGGACUACGAUGUGGUGGCUGGCCGUUGGACCACCCCCAACUACGAGUUGUGGGUGGAGCUCAGCACCAACCCAAAGCCGUUCAACUUGUACUCCUUCAAAAACAACUACCCAGUUGGGGAACUGCAAGAUGUUUCUCAGUUCAUAACAGACAUUGGCAGCUGGCUCCAGCUUUUUGGGUUCCAGCUGCACAACGUGGUUCCUGGUUUCCCCAAGCCAGAUGUGGAGAGCAUGGAGCAGACCUAUGAGCUGAUGAAGACCCAAACUAAGACACAGGACUGGGACCCCAGCAAGGUGGUCCUAGGGAUCCAAUGUGAGCUGCAGAAGCACCUGAGGAACUUCAUUUCUCUGGACCGUCUGCCCAUGACUCAGGUGAGUGGCACGCCGGGGGGCUGUCAGGGACGCAGGCCCCGCUUCUCCGCCAUCUCCUCUGUGUUCGGCAAGGGGGUCAAGUUUGCAAUCACGGACAACGUGGUCACCGCCGAAAUCAUCGGAGUGGCCAGCGAGGACAGCCGGCGGAUCGCCGCCGUCCUCCACCGCGCCGUUCACCUGGCCGGCCUGCACUUCACCGUGGAGGGCCGCGACACCCACUACUUCGUGAAGACGGGUCCCCUGGAGGAGGACCUGGCGGUGAUGGGCGGGGCCGGAGGGGGGCGGGUCCUGGAGAAUGGCGUCAACGUCACCGUGUCCCAGAUGACCUCGGUGGUGGGCGGGAGGACUAGGCGCUUCGCCGACAUCCAGCUGCAGCACGGGGCGCUGUGCUUCGUCGUCCGCUACGGAGCCACGGAGGAAGAGGAGAGGGCCAACGUCCUGGAGACGGCCCGGCAGAGGGCGGUGGAGCUGGCUUGGGCCAAGGAGCAGAAGAGGCUCCAGGAGGGCGAAGAGGGCAUCAGGGCGUGGACAGAGGGCGAGAAGCAGCAGCUGCUCACCACGGGACGGGUGCCAGGCUACGACGGUUACUUUGUUCUGUCCGUCGAGCAGUACCUGGAACUCUCCGACAGUGCCAACAACAUUCACUUCAUGAGACAGAGUGAGAUAGGGAGAAGGUAACAUUAGAAACACACCAAACCGCCUCUCCUUCACCAAAGACUGCCUGUUUUUACAAUUUCACUGAUUUCUUGUACUGUUUUUCUAGAAUAACAACUGUUAAUGUGACAAAAAAAACUGGAAAAAAUCAUUUCCAACUGCCUUUAAAAGUGACAAAUGAUGGUAUUUUUGUUCUAAUUGGACUUUCUUUCUAACAGUGACAUGCUUUCAACUUUUCAACAGCCUUUUCCUUUUUGUCUUAUUAUGAUUGGCUAUAUUAACAUAGUGCCAGUUUUUCUAUUGUAGAAUAGCAGUUUUCUUCCAGAGCAACUCUGGAGCAUCUCAACUCCCUGUGCAUGAGUUGUACAUGUUUAAACAUGGAUGACAAUGUGAAGGGCAGGCUAUUUUAAUUUACCUUUAUAAAUGUGUAUAUCAGUAUAAAAGGUGUGCUCUAAGCUUUCAUUUACAUUAAUAUACAGCAACAGGUUUAAUCUUUUGGCACAUAGUGGGGACUUCUGUCGGUAACACUAUAUUUUGAUUUUUCACUACUAUUACAACGCCCUGUAGAAUCAUCUUAAAUCUCUUUUUCUUACUUCCAGUGUGUUUGAAGUUAUGAUGGUAACAAUGAAUUAGAGCGUAUACUUUUAGGCACAAAACUACUGUAAAUAGCAAGUGCUUUAAGAAGAAUAAGUGCUAAAACUGAUGUGUUGUCACCCAUUAUUCCGUGUCAAUAUUGUUAAUAGAUGCAGUUGUGUUAAACAGCACUAUUCAAAAAUAUUAAUGCUGAAAAUCUGUAUAGUUUACUUUUCUAUUAGAGUACAGACUGAAGUUAUCUGUGCAGUUUUGGAAUUUCAUGGGAAAUCUGGGUGAAGUGUGUGCCUUUUUGUUCAUAAAGAAAUAUAUUUGAAGUGAGAUGUAGAAGUAUAAAGACUUGUUUCCAUGCCACAUAUACCCUGAUUAUUAUUCAAGUACAAUCCUGUUCAGGGCAACUUUCAGACAUUGUAGAUGCAAUUGCAGCACAGCAUUUAAAAACUGUUUAAAGACAUAUCUCAAACCACAAGCAUAUUGUGAUGCAUCAUGUAUAAAUUCUAAUGGAAAUUAAUUACUUGUAAUAUCACAGUUCAAACCAGCCAGGAAAGUACAGGCUAAAUCAUUGUGUCAGUUUGAUUUCUGAAUAUAACCACAUUUAGAAGCCACAGGUGCACUCUAAAGUUUAUCCAUAGAUUUGCACAAGGAUUCGGUAACUGCACCAAUUUCACGGUUGUGGGAAGCUCUUUUAUAUUACUGAAAGCCCAAAGAUGAGAAUGAGCCGGAAGUGAGACAGAAAUGAGCAGGCAGUGAAAAGAGCAGUGAGAUGAAAAAGAGCAGUGAGAUUAGGAAGAGCAAUGAGAUGACAAUGAGAAGUGAGAUUAUAAUGAGCAGUGAGAUGAAAAAGAGCAUGUGGUGAGAUGAGAAUGAGCAGUAAGAUUAGGAUGAGCAGUGAGAUGACAAUGAGCAGGUAGUGAGAUGAAAAAGUGCAUGUGGUGAGAUGAGAAUAAGCAGUGAGAUAAGAAUGAGCAGUGAGAUUAGGAUGAGCAGGUAGUGAGAUGAAAAAGAGCAUGUGGUGAGAUGAAAAAGAGUAUGUGGUGAGAUGAGAAUAAGCAGUGAGACAAGAAUGACCAGUGAGAUUAGGAUGAGCAGUGAGAUGAGAAUGAGCAGGUAGUGAGAUGAAAAAGAGCAUGUGGUGCGAUGAGAAUAAACAGUGAGAUGAGAAUGAGCAGUCAGAUUAGGAUGAGCAGGUAGUGUGAUGAGAAUGAGCAGGCAGUGAGUUUAGAGUCAGACGAGGGCUACAGGCUGUAGAGCACAGAUCAUGUACUGUGGUUGUAAUGUAGGGCGGCUUUAAGGGUUAUUUUGAUAACGGGUCCUGUGUGGAGGAGUCUGAUCAUAUUAGCAGGAUGGCCUGAACCAUGGCUGGAAACAGUCAGCUGGGUAUUGAGCAGAAAUUUUCUUGCACUGGGUGCAAGUCAUUCAUGAAUUCAGUAAAGGCCACUGUAGUGUUCUCUCAGUGGAUGAGCACCUAGUAAAACUUCUGAGAGAUACUGAGGGAGAUCAUGCCAUCCACAGAAGUUUAAUUUCCCAGUUCUGCCAUGAUACUAUUCUUUGUCAACUGCAGGAUCACACCUCAACUAUGAAGGAAGCAAAGCCUUACUUUUAAAACAAUAAAAGUAUUGACUAUCUCAAAUGGUCCCUGUCCCUUUGAAUGGUCCUUGGAACCGCAUAAGUCUCAAGGUUUAAUUGGUUCUCACAAAAAAAAAAAAAA